AUGGCCGCCUAUACAAGAAUACAGGCAUCGUCGUUUUCCUUCUAUUCGUCAGCAACAAGGCGCAGGCACGACGUAUUCUUGAGCUUUCGAGGCGAAGACACCCGCCACAACAUAACUGAAAACCUCCACAAGGCCUUAGUCGACGCCGGCGUUCCCACGUUCAAAGACGACGUUAACCUUCAGAAGGGCAACGAGAUCGCGUCCGAUCUGCUCAAGGCCAUACAGACAUCGAGAAUCGCCAUCAUAGUGUUCUCCAACAACUACGCGAGCUCUAGCUGGUGUCUGGAUGAGUUGGUCAAGAUUGUAGAGUGCAACAGGGAAGCGGGUCAGGUCAUUUUGCCCAUUUUCUGCGAUGUGGAUCCCUGUGAUGUGCAGCAGCAGAUGGGCACUUUUUCAGAAGCACUUGCUGUGCAUGAAAGAAGUGGCAGGACCCAGGACAAGUUGGAGGCUUGGAAAGUGUCGUUGACCGAAGCGGCUAGUCAGCCUUAUGGCUUUGAUAUGCAGGAUGCUGCUACUUGGUAA